AUGAACCUCGAAGCGACGAAGCAACUAUGGACUGGCUUGCGUUGCCUGUACCCUUCUUCUCGUGCCAUAUCAUCCUACAGCAACCGAACUCUUCGUGAUAAAAAUUCGAGCAUAAACGCAUUUUCAAAGGACAACAUAUGCACCUCCAAGCUUCCCACAACAUGUUCAUCUGCGAUACUGCAGGGUUUCGUGCCCCCGUUUGAUGCCACGGUCGUCAAAUUAUUAGAAGAUGCAGGUGCUGUAACCCUUGGAAAGACCAACUGUGAUGAAUUUGGAAUGGGCUCUCUAAAUGUACAUUCAAUCCAUGGAUCAGUUGUCAAUCCCUUCCAACACCCGUCGUCUUCCGUCGCCUGGGAAAAGCGUGAACGCCGAUCAGCCGGAGGAAGUUCUGGAGGCAGUGCUGCGGUCGUCGCUGCCAAAAUGUGUGACGCUGCAAUUGGUACAGAUACAGGUGGUUCUAUUCGGUUGCCGGCCGCGUACUGUGGCGUUGUGGGGUUAAAGCCGUCCUAUGGGUUGCUGAGUCGAUGGGGCGUCGUUUCCUACGCGGAUAGUCUGGACUGUGUCGGGAUUAUCGCAAAGGACAUCGGCACAACAAAGCGGAUUUUCGACGUUCUCAACGUGCACGAUGAACGAGACCCUACCAGCACCAACCGAUCAACCAGACGUGACGCUUCUCAUGCCGAAUAUUUCCCCCUUGAAUUGUCGCGUUCUGUAUUGAAAAAUACUCGAAGCACGAUUGCCUCGCUAAAGAGCCUGGGUGCCACGGUUGUCCCUGUGUCUUUGACAUCUACGUCGUUCGCUCUCAGCGCGUACUAUGUCAUCGCUAGCGCAGAAGCAAGCAGUAACCUGGCUCGGUAUGAUGGUAUCCAAUACGGCAUGUGUCAACCUUCCACUUCAAAAAUCUAUGCACAUACUCGGUCGAAAGGAUUUGGGUCUGAAGUUCAAAAACGAAUUCUCCUAGGGACUUACUCUUUAACCGCCGGAUCUACCCCAAGUUCAUUCGAUAACUACUUUCUCCAAGCCCUUCGAGUACGCCGACUAGUCAGGGACGACUUUAAUCUUGUGUUCCGCAUGCCCAAUGUUCGAGCUCCAAAUCAAAUCCCCAAUGCCGACGGAGUCGAUGUAUUGAUGCACCCGUCGGCCAUUCGUACCGCUCCUCUUCUAGAUGGAGAAGAUGCGUCUGGCUUGGAGGCGUACGUACAAGACGUACUGACUGUGCCGGCGUCUUUGGCUGGUUUACCGGCUAUUAACGUACCGAUAGUCAACAAGGAGGGUGAUGGUUGGCCGGUGGGGAUUAGGUGUUGUCGGACAAUGGGGCUCUGA